AUGGAGCCGCGCUUUUCAAUUCCCGACACUACACCGCGGUCCAGCAAAACGACGAUUACUAUUGGUGGCAUUGAAGUCUACAUAUACGGACUGGGAGAGUUGCAGCACAAAUCUGCUGAGCACAUUAGUGUUCUAUAUUUGGCACACCAGCGGACAAGAACAUACCUCGUGACGCAGGACAUGGCGCAUGAGAUUCUUCAUCGUUAUAGAGGACAUAACAAGGUGAAAAGAAUGGAAACCAUUGCCGUGACGAUUAACAUGAGAAAUCAUGGUGAUAGAGAGAUUGACCCAAUGGCAAACCAAACUUGGGACAACCGCAAUGAGAACCACGGCAUAGACUUGCUUUCUCUAAUUACCGGGUCCGCUCAAGACUUUAAGCUCAUCGCCAGCUUCCUACCAGCAUACCUACCACAAUUCACAACACAUCACAACGUGAUGAUGGGCAUCUCACUCGGCGGCCACACAGCAUGGCAUCUAGCGGCGCUGGCCCCCGGCCAAUUCGAAGCUUUCAUUAUCGUAGUAGGGUCUCCAAACCUGGCGCCGCUUCUUUUGGAUAGACUUGGAGUAGAUGCUGCCGCGCUCGGCGUCAGCAAGGAAGAGGCGCACACUAUUAGUUAUGACCGCUUACUCGAAGUCAUGGACGAGACUCAGAGGCGACGAUGGCCUAGAGCAUUGGCUGAAUUUGUCCAAAAGCAGGACAGAUGGGCGGAUAGACACUUUCCUGAUGUGCCGUUGCUGCUGUGCGCCGGUGAGGACGACACGCUUGUUCCGCCGCGGUACACGUGUGCCUGGUGGGACAGACGAGUGGUACUUAGGGGUGGUCAGGGAGACUCGCAAAGCAUGUUUAUACAGAAGAAUACAGGCCAUAGCUGUACCAAGGAGAUGGUGGCUAUGAUUGCUGACUGGCUGGUUCAUCUGAAUACCAAGCGAGGCAGGGAUUCGGCCAACAUGUAAAGUAGGGAAGCUUUAGACUUGAUUUAUACAAAUCAUAAAGUAUACUAAAGAACAUGCAUUGAAACUAUGUAAAAAGUAGAUAAAAACACAAAAUGUCGGUGCCAAUGCCAGGGAUCGAACCGGCAAAAGUAGAGGCAGCCGAGGCUGCAGUAAAUCUGAGCUGGGUGAACGAGUCACCACUGCUCCAACCAAAAGGUAGUAUAGAUAUUAGCUACUCUACUGAAAAUUACGUCAAUUAUUAUCCAUUAUAAUGCCUGGUGACUCAGAUAUCAAAGACGCUGAUUGGUGGUAUACCCUAGUUGUGGUUUGG